GUGCGCGUCACAAAGACUGGGGGCAACGGCUGCCUGCAAGUCUCCGCGUGGUUACUGACGUCCUUUUUCCUGUUAGCGCGACCUCGUUUUCACACCGGUUAAGGUGAUCGCAACGUGCCCAGUCAGCCAUGGAUCCCGAAGAACCAAAAGCAAAGAGACAAAAACGGUCUGAGGAGAAGACGGAGUCUCCGACCAAAGAGGCCCCUGCAGAACUAAGCCCUAAUUUACUCUUUGGGAUGGGAAACCCCUUACUGGACAUCAGUGCUGUUGUGGACAAAGACUUCUUGGACAAGUACUCUCUGAAACCCAAUGACCAGAUCCUGGCAGAGGACAAACACAAAGCACUAUUUGAGGAGCUAGUGAAGAAGUUCAAAGUUGAGUACCACGCUGGAGGAGCCACACAGAACUCCAUAAAGAUUGCUCAGUGGAUGAUCCAAGAACCCCAUAAUGUGGGAACGUUCUUUGGCUGCAUUGGCAAAGACAAGUUUGGAGAUAUCCUGAAGGAGAAGGCUCAGGAGGCCCACAUCGAUGCUCACUACUACGAGCAAGAUGAAGAGCCCACAGGGACAUGUGCUGCAUGCAUCACCGGAGAUAACAGGUCUCUGGUAGCUAACCUAGCUGCUGCUAACUCUUAUAUGAAGGACAAGCAUCUAGACCUGGAAGAAAACUGGAAGCUGGUGGAAAAAGCUAAAGUUUACUAUAUCGCUGGUUUCUUCCUGACCGUCUCUUUGGAGUCCAUCCUGAAAGUGGCGAAACAUGCGUCCGAAAAUAACAAGUUGUUUUGCCUGAACCUCUCCGCGCCCUUCAUCUGUCAGUUCUUCAAGGAUAGCCUCAUGCAGGUUAUGCCCUAUGUCGACGUGCUGUUCGGCAAUGAGACAGAGGCGGCAGCAUUUGCUAAAGAGCAAGACUUCGAGACCAAGGACAUAAAGGAAAUAGCCAAGAAAGCCCAGGCUUUGCCCAAAGUCAACAAAAAGAGACAGAGGAUUGUAGUGUUGACCCAAGGGAAAGAUGAAACUGCUAUAAGGCUCAGUGACAAGAUCGAGGCAUUCCCUGUACUGAAGAUUGACCCCAAGGAAAUUGUUGACACAAUUGGUGCAGGCGAUGCCUUUGUAGGAGGUUUUCUGUCUGAGCUGGUCCGGGACAAACCAAUCGAUCAGUGCGUGAAGGCGGCACACUACGCGGCCAACGUCAUCAUCAGACAAGCAGGUUGCACCUUCCCAGAAAAACCUGACUUCAACUAAGGGAUUCCCGGACAACUCCAUCCGCCUAAAACCUCAUUCUCACCCUGCCAUACACAACUCUGACCGAUAACAAAUACUAUCAGCCACCCGUCCAAGUUUUUAAUUCAUCCGCACAUAAUUGUGUGCCUGUCUCCGUUCCUCGUCGCCAGUGGAUCAAGAUCCACGGACAGUUUGUUUAUAUAUAAAUUACCAUAAAGGAUUCAUGAUAACAUCACGGGAUGUGAUAAUUUUGCUUACACAAGACAAUCUAAAUGAAAUGGUGUUUUUAUGGACAAUUGAUUUAGUUUCUAAAUGUUUUUUGGCUCUCUGACACUACCAACGUUUGGCUACACUGACGCCCAUCAGACUCUGCGAGUGCUCGUGUUGACAUCUCACAAGUCUUGUUUUUCCCCCUUGGAGACAGACUCAAAGCACAAUAAGUUAAUUAUGGACAAUGGAAUGAUAAACCAAAAUGUCAGGUUUUGAAUGUGACCACUAGUGAUUUGUUUUAGGUACAUUUUGUACUUUUUAGAUGUAGUUUAAUGUGCCAGUUAUGAAUGACGCCAAAGGUUUUUCUUUUAAGUGUUACACUUUUAAAGGUGUUCCUGUGUUGACUGUAAAAUAUCAGCUUUACUAUGUCAACAUCACCACGGGAAGUUUCUUUCCUCGUGUUGUUUUUUUUGGGCAGGUGCUUCUAGUCACAUGACCUUUUCCCUUCCUUUCUCUGUAAAUGUUUGCAGAGGCCUACCAGUGUUAUGUGAACCUGCAUCUGUCUGUACAGGGAAACUUGCGAAUGAGAUCAGUGAUGGGCAACUGGUGGCUUGUGGGGUUUAUUAUGGACAUGCAGCAUAUUUCAAAUGCAUAUAAGGAAAAAUGAUACAUGUGAAUGUUGAAUGAAAGAGGAUUACCGUCGGUAAGAAAACAGACUUUUCUUAAUUUCUCUCCUGAAUUAGUGGCCUAUGAUCUGGGUUUAUGUUUAUCGCCGAGGCAUCUGAUUUUGAGAUUAUUGUAUGCUAACUGCUAAAAAUGGAGGAUACAAAAGAAAUGAAGGGAAACUAAUCAAGAACAGGCUUAGUCCAAACAAUUCAAACCAUCUGCAUUAGAGUCUGCGCAACAUUGAAUACUUGAAUAUAGAUCAAACUAUUUUAUAAGUUAUUUUUAAAUUUGUAUUAUUGUUCCACUUUUCAUUUCUUUUUAUGUUCAAAUACACCAUUAAGCCUUAAGUGACAAUUUAUUCCUGAUUUCAAUUGCACUCAAGUUGCCCAUCUUUGUGCUGAACUGCCAUGCCUAAAAUUCACAAAUAAAAUAUACAACAAUCA